AAAGCCAAAAAGAGCCGUGGAAUCUCAUUUCUUAUGUUGAUAACUAAUAUAGCUUACUGUUCAUGUUACACCCUCUAGGGUGCGCCCCCUGCCCUCGUAAAUUGUUUUCAGCACUUACUGAGAAUGGUCAAACUCUGAGAACCUCAGCCUGUACAACAACAACAGCAAAACCAGCGACGUUUGUAUCGGAGCUGUCUAGUUUCCAUACUGCUCGACCUGAUGACGUAAUUAGUUUACCCUAACCCUAACACUUUACUUGAAAUAAUUUAUCAUACUAAUUAAUGACUAUUAAUCAUGCUUAUUUAUGACUAUCAGGUCGAGCAGUAUGGAAACUAGACCAUUCCAUUUGUAUCAGGAUUAGUGUAGUGUUACUGAAAACCAUAAGAGGUUGCAGCUAUUUUUGUGAAAACAAAAAUAAAUCAAAUUCCAGUAGGGACCGGUGCAACAUAAGGCGAGUGAAAAGGGCGCUACGAACAGGCAAUUGAAAGAACUGUUAUUAAAAAAAAAUUGUUCGACAACAGCUGCUGCUCUUUGACGAAGUCUGGGUCAGCAAGAUGAAAUGUGCAAAGUUGAAAGUGACUAUUGAUUCUCGAGACUCAAAGCUAUCCUGGAUUGCACUGACGGCUUCCGUACUUCUGAUGUUUUCAUCAUUUGGUUUUAUGCGAAUGUUUGGUAUAUUCUACAGUGUUUUCUUAAAAGAGUUCAAAUCUUCAAAAGAGAAAACAGCAUGGGUUGGGUCCAUUCCUGUUUCAUUGGUAUUCAUACUAUCACCUCUGGCAAUGUGGCUCCACGAGAGAUAUGGACUACGACGCUGCACAACACUAUCCGUGAUACCCUUGUCAGCAUCGCUGUUGAUGACCUCGUUUUCGAGAAAUAUUGACCAAACAUUCGUGACGUAUAGCGUCCCUUUUGGACUGGCCUCAUGUGUGAUGAUAAUGGGCACGCAUAAAGCCGCGUACAGAUACUUUGAUAAACGUUUAUCAACUGCUACUGCAAUUCAGACGGGAGGCUGCUCUAUCGCUGAAAUCGGCCUUUCAUACUUGAUAUCUUUCCUGCUAACCAAAGUUGAGCUUGAAAGGACACUUCAGAUCCUUGCUGUUGUAUUUCUCUUCAUCGGCCUAACUUCGUCUCGGCUUUUCUUCUCUACCAACUACCAAAAUGAAGAGCAGCCAUCUUGGAAAAGCAAGGGAUAUCAAGUGUACUUCAAAUUAUUGAAGAAUAAGCCGUUUGGCUUUUUCCUAUUCGCCAUGGCAAUUUUGUCAUUUACGUAUAGCGUUUCAAGCGUUCAUCAGGUGCAACUGGCGAUAGAAUACGGUGCAUCAGAAAGUCUAGCGAGGCAGUUUCCCGUUUUCACCGCAGUCUCAGGCUGUAUAGGCCGGCUGACCGCUGGCGUUGUUGCAGAUUCAAAGAUUGUCAAUAUAGUCAGCUAUUUUCAGUGCAUACUAUUCUUGAUUGGCACAAUAUCAAUCAUUGCUGCAUUCUCAUAUACAAAGACCCAUGUGCUAGUCUACGUCUGGGUGUAUGCCUUUAUCGAAGGUCAAGUCAACGUGACUGUGACGCCCAUCACAAGAGAUCUCGUAGGCCUAACUUACCUUAGCGAAGGAAUCUCUCUGCUUCUUGCAGUUAUAGCUGUUCCAGUCGUGCUCGGACCACCAUUAAUAGGAUUUCUCGCUGACAUCACUCAAGAUUACAAAGUAUUUUUCUAUGUAGCAGGCGUGCCUCCUCUCUUAGCAACUUUCGCUCUUAUAAUUGUACGAUAUAUGAUAUCUGAAGAAGACAAACAGAGAAAACAAGAUGCAAAGACGAUUAAUAUUGAAGAAGACAACAAAGAUAGCGAAGUUGACUAUGCUGCACAGAUUCUUCUUAAAGAAACAAUAUUAUAAUCCGAUGAUGCAUCUUAUUGCAAUAAAAAUCGCUUAGAUUAUUAAACACUCGAUUUGCUUAAAAUUCGAAUUUUCGAAUUAAAAUGACGCAUCUAGAACUGCUUUCUAACUUCAAAAUCAUCGUUAUUAUCAUUAACAAGUGUCAAUUUGUGGAAAUCGUAGCUGAAAACAAAAUAACAUGCUGUUUAAAAAAACUUGGCUACUUAAUGAAAUAUGAACAAGCCCCUUUAAACAAAGGACCUGCAUCUAUGUUUUAUGAAAAUCUUAGCACAAAGUAGAAUAACGUUCAGUUCACAGAGACUACUUUAUUUAGAAGAGGCACGUACAUAAACACUCUUGAAAGGGCAGUCAACCCUGUAGAAACGCCAAGGAAUAAUUGUUAGUAAUAAGAUGAUCAUUGCUUGACAUCUGGCGGUCACCGCUGGUAGGUUUCAGGUACUGCAAGCGCAAUAAAAGAUGCUACGUUCCAAUUCACACACUGUUAACAUGCCUAUGAUCAUUGCAAGCCUUUACUCUAGAACAGUGCGUUCCUCCUAGUUGUCUACACUCGAGUGCUUCUUGUAAAA